GUCUCCAGUCUGAGUGUGCGGCUCCGCGGACUGACUCAUCUGUUUUUCCACCUAACAUUUCUCCGGUCAGGAAUACAAACGUGAUGCUUCACUGCGACCGGCCACUUAGAAAGGAACAAGAGGAUCAGUGGUGACCACUUCACAUCCCCUUCAGCCGUUUCAAAAGGAGUAUAUUCCCAUUUUUUCCUGUUUUCUCUCUCUUACUUUUAGUCCUGGAGAAGAAGACCGUAUUUUGAGGGAGUUUUUUUUUCUUUCCUUUUGUUGUUGUGGCGAACUCCGGUAAUGCCGGGCCGCUUCGAAAAACAAGUCCGCUAACAUUUCUGUCUCCAUGCGGGAACGGAAGCUCUUUUUCCUACCUGGUGGUGUUUUCAGGUCGGUGAGCUGAAUGGCUCGUUUUUCACCCUAACUCCAUGUAAGCCUACCCCCCACCCCUCACCCUCCGUUUUUUUUUUUUUUCCUUUUUUCGUUGUUGUUUUUCUCGCGGCUCUCUGCUGCUGGAUAUAACCGCGGUCACUGCGCAGGAAUUCGGUGUAAAUGGAGCGCCAGUUCAGUUUCAUUUCCAUUUGGCUCCAACUGGAACUCUGCGCCAUGGCGGUUCUUCUGACCAAAGGAGAGAUCAGGUGCUACUGUGACGCGCCGCACUGCGUGGCCACCGGCUACAUGUGCAAGUCUGAGCUGAACGCCUGCUUCACCAAGGUCCUGGACCCGCUCAGCGCCAACUCGCCCCUGACCCACGGCUGCCUGGACCCCGUCUCCGGCGCCGCGGACGUCUGCGGUGGCGGCCGCCGUGCCGCCGACCCCCUCGGCGGGGCGCUGACGUUGGAGUGUUGCCACGACGACAUGUGCAACUACCGGGGCCUGCAAGACCUGGCGCACACCAGGGACUCGACAGAGAGCCGUUACCCCGCCGACGGCAACCGGAACCUGGUGACGCGGGUGCAGGAGCUGGCCUCGGCCAAGGAGGUGUGGUUCCGGGCGGCGGUGAUCGCCGUGCCCAUCGCCGGCGGCCUCAUCCUGGUGCUGCUCAUCAUGCUGGCGCUGCGGAUGCUGCGCAGCGAGAACAAGCGGCUGCAGGACCAGCGGCAGCAGAUGCUGUCGCGCCUCCACUACAGCUUCCACGGCCACCACACCAAGAAGGGCCAUGUGGCCAAGUUGGACCUGGAGUGCAUGGUGCCGGUGUCGGGGCACGAGAACUGCUGCCUGACAUGCGACAAGAUGCGGCAGGCCGAGCCGGGCGGCGGCGGCGACAAGGUCCUGUCACUGGUGCACUGGGGGAUGUACAGCGGCCACGGCAAGCUGGAGUUCGUCUGACUGCCUCUAAAAGGACAUUCCUUUGUUUUGCUAAAACAAUGCGAGACUGAUCUCAUGCCGCUUGUUUUUUUUUUGUUUGUUUGUUUGUUUUUUUGCUAGAGGAGCACUUUACUUGAAAAUGAAAAGGCAGAUUUGUAUUUAAACUUGAGAGGGGCUCGCUGAGGAUCCUGGACUUUCUACACUGAAAUGCUGAAGGAUUCCAAAAUUUUUUGUCUUAUUUGCACAUUUGUUGUUGUUUCUUUUUUUCCUUCUUCUUCUUUUUUUUUUUUUUUAAUAAAAAAAAAUCAAAAAACAAAACAAGAUUUUUACACUGACACCAGGGUACAAGAAAAGGACUGAUUGAGGAGAAGGAGAGAGAGAGAAAUCUCUGUGCUUUUGGACUGUAGGUGUGCACACUCCUCUGGAUGUUUCAUGAUUCAAUCUUAUUGUAAAGAUUAAAUAUAUCUAUAUAUAUUUUUGUCUGAGAAAACUGACCGGUGUGCGUCUUCUUCGGAGUGAAUGUUCCAACUUCUUUCUGUGAUCAGACUAAAAGCUUGAUUGUAAAUGUGUGUGUGUGUGUGUGGAUGGGUGUGUGCGUGUGUGUGAAAGAACUUCAAUUAAAGUGACUUUUUAUUUAAA